CUCAACAUCGAAAAAGUAAACAAAAAGAUCCAGUGCAUCCAAAAAUUAAGCAUAAUCAAGCAAAAUGAUGGCAGAUAAGAAACAAAACGACAACAAGAAUGAGAAGAAACGAAAGGAAAGCAUUCUAGACUUGUCAAAAUACCUGGAAAAGCAGAUCCGUGUCAAAUUUGCCGGUGGUCGUGAAUGCUCAGGAGUGUUGAAAGGCUUUGAUCCACUGCUUAAUUUGGUCCUCGACAAUACUACAGAAUAUUUGAGAGAUCCAGAUGAGCCAUACAAGUUUUCUGAAGACAAUAGAAGUCUCGGACUUGUCGUUUGCAGAGGAACCUCCGUUGUAUUGAUAUGCCCACAAGACGGAAUGGAAAGCAUCUCUAAUCCUUUCGUAUCACAAGAUUAAAAUCAUGUUUAAUUAACUUUAAGUAAUUAACAUUCUUUAUUGCGAUAAUUUUCAUCUUAUAAGGUAAUAAAUAAGUAAAUAAGGAAGUAAUAUUUUUCUCAAAAACAUAAAGCUUUAAUCUAGUCCUAGUUCAUUUCUGAU